AAGCAUCAAUACCAUCUUCACAAUUCUUGGAGCAUCACAUUUGCCUCUGAAUGAAAAUUCAUUACAACAUACUAUUAGUAUGCUCUAGAUUGUAUUGUGUGCCCAACAUGUUGAGUGCUGAGCAUGUAUUGGCCUUUUGAAUUUGCAAGCAAAAAGAAAAUCAAGCUAAAUUUGCAGAGUGCGUGAUAAAUAAAAAAGUGAACAUAGUCUUUGAAAGAUAAAGAGACAUCAUUUUUGUAGAAACAUUUUUCUGCGUUUCUUUUCUCAUCUUUAACGCUUGAAUAUUUAAUAUCAAUUAAUUUGUGGCGGUGGUGCAGAGCAUAUAUAAUGAUGUCCAUGUUAAAGGGUACACAUAAUUCAACCCCAUAAAAGGAGACUACAGACAUUUUUCAAUGUUUAGUAUGUGCGAAAAAGAAGAAAAAUGUCAUUCUAAAACAACUUCAAAAGACUUUAAGUAUCGUGUAAAAUGUGAAAUCAUUUGAUGAUACCAAAUGGUUGAAGAUUUCAGAUUUCCAUUAUUAUCAAAGUAUGCUGCAACAAGUUUCAGAAUAAUGGAUUUAUUCACGAAAACACUUAAAAAUCUGACCUAAUAAAUGGCUGGAUUCACAAAUGAUUUUCUGAGCAGCAUAGUUCAUAUUCUGAGCACCAUAACGACAAAUUGUUGGGAUACAUCUGAAGCCCUUUUUUUAAAAAAAAGUUACAUUUGAAGCUCUUUUAUACUAUAUGUACUAUACUUUAUCGAUUGAAUCGUUGUUUAAAAGUUUGCUUAGUUGAGGCAUAGAAACGGCAUAUACUUUGCCUGAAUUGCUGACUUUUUCAAAAUUCAAUGAAGCAAACUUCAUAGAUAUAGCAUAGAUACGUAAAUAGCACAGAUCCCAAAAGAACGCACUAAUAAAUGUCUCAAAAAAACUAUAAAACAAACAUACCAACAAACGUUUAAGAUAGAAAGGCAUACACGAGAACUCAUCUUUUUAUAGCGUCUGUAAUUCUUCCGGAUCAGUUUUUAAUUCAUGCUCUACGAAAUCAAUUUCAAAUGGCGAAGCGAUUAUUGACAUCUCGCAAUCGGAAAAAAGCAAAACAAACAAUUGUAUAUAUGGAAUUCUUAUGAAAAUGCGUUCGAUAAUUAAUAAAAUCUCAACGGAACAAACAACCUUCGUUCAAACAUGCUCUCGCGAAUCAAAUAAAAAGACAUCAACAACAUUGAUGAAAAUUCAUCUAUUUUUGCUGAUAACACUAUUAACUUGCGUCUCAAUGUGUAUGACGCGAGCAUCAGCACAUACAACAAAAUAUAGUUCCAAUGUCAUCAAAACUAAAUAUGGUGAAUUGCGAGGAAUCGUCGUUCGUAGUAAUCCGACUGUAGAAGCGUACUUGGGCGUUCCUUAUGCUACUCCUCCAGUGGGCAGUUUGAGAUACAUGCCACCUGUUACACCAAAUGCAUGGGCAAGCAUUCGGAUUGCCGAUCAUUUUUCCCCAGUUUGUCCACAACUACCCCCUGUAUCAAUAGCAGGACGUGAGGCAUUGCUCGAAGUUCCAAGAGAACGCUUAGCACAAAUUCGCCGGCUCCUACCAUUGCUAUCAAAUCAAUCGGAAGAUUGCCUCUACCUCAAUAUUUUCGUACCACAGGUUGAAACGUCGACGAAAGUUAGUAAGGCAGCCGUCAUGUACAUACACGGCGAAUCAUUCGAGUGGAACAGUGGUAACCCUUACGACGGAUCCAUUUUGGCCGCUCACGGAAAUGUAAUUGUUAUCACAAUUAAUUUCAGAUUAGGUGUUUUAGGUUUUUUAAAGACUGGUUCAAAAGGUAGCGCACAGGGGAAUUUCGGUUUAAUGGAUUUAGUAGCUGCGAUCCAUUGGCUGCGUGAAAACUUACCUGCGUUUAAUGGAGAUCCCAAUAAAUUAUGUAUAAUGGGACAUGGCACUGGCGCAAGUUUAGCGAACAUAUUAAUUACGUCACCAGUCGUAAGUGAUUUGAUACAGAGGGCGAUAUUAUUAAGUGGAUCAGCUCUUUCGCCAUGGGCAAUUCAAAAGGAUCCACUAUAUGUAAAGCGAAAAGUUGCUGAACAUACUGGCUGCCAUGGUGAUUUAGUAGAAGAUGACCUCGCGCCAUGCUUACGAACAAAGUCAUUAUCAAAUUUACUAUCUGUACAGCUUGAUACGCCAAGGUUUUUACCUGGUUUUGCUCCAUUCAUUGAUGGUACUAUAAUUGGUACAAGCUUAAAUAAUUCAGUAACUCUUCCGGUGGGCUCGGCGAUAUCAACUACAAUGGGAAUUGAAAUGGCUGAUUUUUCGAAACGCGAAAUAAUAUUUGGUGUGACAACGUUGGAAUCUUAUUUGGAUUUAAGCGCUCAAGAUCUAGAAUUUGGCUUUAAUGAAACGAGGCGUGAUCGAGUUCUCCGAACAUAUGUUCGAAAUAACUUUAAUUUCCAUCUAAAUGAAAUAUAUGCUGCCUUAAAGAAUGAAUAUACGGAAUGGGAAAGACCGCAACGUAAUCCCCUAGGCUCCCGAGAUGCAGCUUUAGAACUCUUAAGUGAUGGUCAUACUGUAGCACCACUUGUUAGAGUUGGGUAUCUCCAUAGUUUACGAGGCGGCAAAUCGUACUUCAUGCAUUUCAAUCAUAUGUCAAAUGAACGCGAUUUCCCACAGAGAAGUGGAAGUGUACGAGGUGAGGAUGUGCCUUUUGCUUUAGGACUUCCAAUAUCGCCACUUUUUCCGCAUAACUACACUAUACAAGACAUUAAAAUAAGCCGGACAUUAGUUCGUUACUUAUCAAAUUUUGCUCAUACCGGAAAUCCAAAUGAGUCGCCAAUUAUGCACAUAUCCCAAACGAAACAUAAUCACAUCGCCACUCCAAUGGAAGGUAUGAAAGUUGAAGUGAAUACAAAGAAAAAAAGACAAAUGGGAUGGUCUUCGAUUAGAAAGCGAAAGAAGCGAAAUCGUAAUAUUGAUUAUUAUGAUGAAGAUAGCGAUGAAAGUGAACACGAAGAUGAAUCUAGUGAAUAUGAUACGCAUUACACUCAUAACAGAGAUCGUUUAGAGGACACAAAUGAUCAACCAUAUCCGUAUUGGGAAUCAUAUGAUACAUUGAAUCAAUAUUACUUGGAAAUUGGCAAUAAAUUUGGUAUUAAAAAUCAUUAUCGAGGCCAUAAGCUAUCUUUGUGGCUUAACUUAAUUCCACAACUACACAUGCCAGGUGAAUUGAAUGAAUUAUCGAUGAGACAUCAUCAUUUUUCUGAAUCUGAUGCGAAAUUUUACGAUGGAAUUGUUCGUGUACAAAAUAUUGAAAUGCCAGUAUAUACAAAAUCCGUUAUUUUCAAAAGCGAUGCCAAUACAACCCCAACAAAAGCUAUGCUUGUCACAACAGUAGCUGCACUCACAGAUUGCCCGUCCAAUACAACUGUUUCACCAACAUUGGCAGCGACUAGACCGCAAAAAAAUGCUGCCAACAAUGAAAAUAAAUCAGAAAAUCAGAGUUUCCAUAUGGAUGGUUUCUUGCGGCACUUAACCAGCAGUCAUUUUCAUUCCUACUCCGCUGCUUUGGCAAUUACUAUUGGUGUCGGAUGUUUUCUUUUGUUGUUAAAUAUUUUGAUAUUUGCUGCAAUUUAUUACCAAAGAGUUAAACGAACACUUGACGCAAAACGAAAAGAACAGUUUGUAGAAUCUGAUAUGAUGUUACCAAAUUUCAUUGAUCGUUGUAUUGAUAAACGUGUGGAAAAAAAUUGUUUGAACAUGCCUACAUAUUCAGCCGAUUUAAAUUAUGAAGAAUACAAUCGUUUUGUAGAGAAAGCAAUGCACUGUGGUCAACCAUUUGAAAAACAACAUAAAUGCAAAUCAAAGGAAACCCACGUAGGUUUUGUUCGAAUUCCGACACAUUCAUCUAGCAACAACGAAAUUCCGGACAAUAACAUUCAUACUUCCAAAAAUGACAAAAUAUGCCUGUCAACAUAUCCAUCAUCAGAAUCACGUUCAUCACUUUCUGAAGCAGAAGGUAGUAAUAAUAGAAACAAAGAGUUUUGCGAUUCACCCAAAUUGUCAUCUAAUCAAUCAACACAAUCAGAGUUUCGAAAUAUGCACGAUGUUGGCACAACUGUUACAGAAAGUGAUGUAGAUGUAGAUAAUCGCCAGACUUCCAAGAGUGAUGAUUGCCGCGCCGAAAAAUUAUUGUCAACACCGUCAUCAUUGCGAUCAAGUAUAUCAACAUCGAACUAUCAAGGUGGUAUUUUAAGACAACCAUUUGGACCAACUACACCCUCUACAACUAAAAAACGAGUGCAAAUUCAAGAAAUUUCGGUUUAAUUCUUUUAUAAAACUUCAUUUUUUGAAGUAAUUUUUUUAUUAUAAAAUAUAAGCUCAUAUUUCAAUAUGGGCCGUAUAUGUUGUUAGAACUGAUUAUGAUUACAAUGGGAAGCGAUUCACAAGGCUUUUAAGCCACAAAAGAGGCGGGAAAACGAGCAUUAUACUAGAGGAGUAGAGAAACCGAUAUACAUUUUCUAUUAUGAUAUUUUAAAAUCAACUAAAUAAAUGAAGUAAUGAAUUAUUUUUUGGUGUUGUUAGAAUGAAAGAUGUAUUUAUUUAGAUGUUGAUAUUUAGUAUAUUCAAUUUUAGUUUAGACCCAUUUCAUGUAAUCAAUAGCCCCAAAAAUGACAAUGUACAAUAGUUAAUGUUUCUAUUAAUACAAUUGUUGAUUUACAUUACAUAUUUAUUUCAAAUUGAAGUUAUUUUUGAAGAUGAAACUAUUUAAAAAAAAAUAUUUUUUCUUAGU